AUGUCUUCCCCAAUAGCGGGACUCGAUAACUGCCCGAAUUGGGAAUUAAUCGAUCAAAUUUCGGUGCCUCUUCUGGAGACCGGAAUUGCCACGUUGCCAAUUCUGCAGGCUGCUCUUCCGACGAUGCUCACAAUCAAUGCAAACGACGAGAAAGUCACCCAAAGAUAUCCGAAAAUCAUUCGUAUUUGUCAGUUGCAAAUUCAGCAUUUACUGCGAUCGCAGAAGGAAUUGAUGCACCGGCUGGAGUUGAUGAAGCAUCAGACAAGAAAAUGUCAGCACACACAAGACGAUGGAGUCAAAUAUAAGUGCGACGAUUGCGGAAAAGUGUUCGUCUCAAAAGAUUACCUCCUCUCUCAUUUCGAGAGAAGGCACAAGCAAGGAAGCGGAAGCUCUUUUGUUUUCUUCUUCAUUUUGAUCUACCCAAAACAGAUUGAUGUUCCGCAAGUGGUUGCAACAAGAAGCGACGAUGGAAUUAUAUCGAAAUCAGUGUUGAUUGGCUAUUCAAAUGCUGAUCGUUCGACCAUAUUCUCGGCGUUUAUUUUUGAUAACACUGCCGUUCUAAUAUUAUCCUCAUACGGAUAUUUGAACCGUCGUAUUUAUUGUCGAUUUUUCGAUGGAAAUCAUUCGGAAAUUUCUCAACAAUCCACUGUUGUUUUUCCGGAAUUUACUGUAAAAUGUGCCGCAAACAAUUCUGCAAAAUUUGUGGCGAUUAGUGUCAACAAGAAAGACAAGAUUGAAAAUCUCACAAAGCUGGAAAUUAGAAAACAUAUGUCAGACAGCCAUGAAUUUUCUGUUUGUUUGGCUCCCAUAUUUGGAAAUUCUCCAAAAUUAUUAUUGUUCAUCGAAUUUGUGGAAUACUACAGAAUUCAAGGUGCUUCUCAUUUUCUCGUUUAUGUAUACGAAUCAAACGAAUAUAUGGAAAAGGCGCUGAAAAUUUAUGAACAAAUGAGAUUGAUUGACAUUAUUCGAAUAGGAAAUGAAACAAAAUGUUUGAAAAGGCACCGAUGUCGACACGAAAUGCAAUUGCAGGAUUGUGUUUAUCGAUCCCGGCGGUUGUCAAAAUGGGUUGCGACUGUGGAUUUGGAUGAACGACUUAUGAAUGUAGAGCAAUCAAAACCGAUUUCGCAAUUGUUACGAUCUCAAAAUAACGAUUACAUUGCUGAACUUCGCUUUCGAUGUCAGUGGACACUUCGGUACUCUGAACUUUCGAAAGAUUCAGAAAUUACGCAAAAUAAUUUCAAAAAUUUCCUGCCGAUGCUUAAAUGGCAUAAUACGAGCCAUAUCGCACCACAGAAUCAUACAACAAAGAGCAUUAUUCGGCCUGAAAAUGUUGAUUCAAUGGGAGUUCAUGGCGUUCAAAAGUUUUCUAAAAGUUACCAUGUUCAACUGAUUGACCCAAAAAUCGCUGUUGUUAGACACUAUCGAUACACGGAAGGAUGGUCGUAUUUUCUGCGCGAAGCCGAAUCAUUCGGACCCUUCUCUAAUUUUUCACUUAUCUCGGAAGUUUGUCCUGGAGCUCUCGUGAUCUGGUGCAAUUGCGUUAAAAUUUACGAUUAUUCUGUUCCAAAUCUUGCUCUUAACCCGUCUACUAGACUUGUUGAUCUCGGUGUGGUUCAAAGCUCAUUUCUUCAUGCUUUCACUCAAAAUUUUCCAAAUCCUGCGCCGAAUUCAACUGUCGCACUCGUUCCAAAAGCAAUGUUAACAGCUCAACGAUUUGCUAUUGCUGCUUCGCGUCGAUUUGAAUUAAGCAAGAGGCAAAACAGAUUGACCCGAAAUCAGCCGUCUGGAUCUAAUCCAAGAAUAAAUAGAAGCGCAGCCGAGCGACUUCUUCAGCUUCUCAGUCAGGCGGCUCUACCGAACGUUAAAGCAGACGAUUCUUGGAAAGAAAAAGCGAGAAUUUCUUACGAAAGAAUGAAAGCAAGCAACGGAGCCUACUUAGCUCUAGACGCUCCACAAAUAACCGAGAAGUUCGAGAAGAAUCCCAACAUGAGCUUUGAAGAAUAUUAUGCCAUUUUCAAAGAAUAUUUUGAUGAAUUAGGGCGAAAACAGCAAUUAAUGAAUGAUCCAAAUUCUGAAGAGGGACAACGGCUCAUUCAACAGUUGAUCAAUAGAAAUCGAAUUGCUAGACAGUAUGAUGAUGCCAUUGAACAUCAUCCAGAAACUAUGAUUCCAGUCACAAUGCUUUAUGUGAAUGCUACCAUAAAUGGCCAUCCUGUAAAGGCUUUUAUUGAUUCUGGUGCCCAAGUUUCGAUUAUGUCGUUGGCAUGUGCCCAACGGUGCAAUUUGACUGAUGUGAUUGACCGGCGAUUCCAGACCCUUUGCCAUGGUAUUGGAGGUGUAAAUCGCGCAUACGGAAAGAUUCAUCUAUGUGACGUAAAAAUCGAGAAUGCUCAUUUUUCAUGCCCGUUCACGGUUGGAAAAGAUCCAAAAAUGGACCUUUUAAUUGGAUUGGAUGUGCUUCGCAAACAUAAUUGUUGUAUAAAUUUAGCAAAGAAUUGCCUCGAGUUCCCAAAUGGAACGUCGACUCCAUUCCUUCAAUCGAACGAAAUCGAAGCGUUUCUCGCCGAAAUUAUUGGAAAUUCAACAGAUAAUGGAGAGCCAAUGGAUCAGUCGGGACCAUCGAACUAA